AUGGUAAAGGGGUCAGUCGCUUCUGAAGACCCGUUUGCGAAAGCAGCGGCGAAAGAGAUAAAGAAGCUGAGCAAGAAGCAGCAGCAGAGGUUAGAGCUGAAGCAGUACCGUGCAGAAGUACGUCGGCAGGAGGAGAGUAGCGGGGGGAAUACGGCGGAGCGUCGUGCGGCGGUCGCGGAAAAGAAGAGCAUAAAGCAGGAGCUGACAGAGUUGAAGCGACGCAGGAGCAAACUGAGCAAACGCUGUCACACGCAGCGAGAAGCUAGGAUGCAGCUCAAGAAACGCAUCCAAGUGCUGGAGAAGAAGUUGAUGAAGCAGUCCGUUGUGGAGGACAAGGGCAUGGCGGAGGAAUGA